CCAUACUCAUUGAUUCGGGUCCAAUUGUACACAUUUUGCCCCUCAUUUCUUGAUAGUUUGACUUUGCAUUUCAUCGUUCCUUGACAUAUUUCACUCUAGGUUGUGCUUGUUUUGAUACAUUUCAGGUACUAGCACAUAUGGAAGGGCCGAGGACGAGUUCGGGACGAUUGGAGGUCAAAAAGCGCAAAAACCGAAGAAAAGUCCAAAGACCGUGACAAUUGCCCCGUCACAGUGAAGCGUUGGCGUCCAAGAAUCAGCUGCAGUUCACGGUCUGACAUUGGAUUUCACGGCCUCUAAGGCCAUGAACUGGAACCACAAACCGUGAACAACGAGGCGUCCGGCGAGGUUCCAAAGGUUACUGACGACCAGACAGUUCACGGUCUCUAAGACUGUGAACUUUUAGUGCAAACCGUGAACCCUGGAGAGUGAAGCGGUGCGUUUUGGAGACGAUACUGAGUUCACGGACGCGUUUAGGUGUUCACGGUAGUGAACUGGAAGGCCGUGAACUUAGCUAGAUCUCAGUAUAAAGGGAGAGCUUAAUGGAAGAAGAGGGAGAGCUUUAAUUUUAGGUUAGGUUUUCAUUUUUCAGAAUAAAGAGGAUUUUACUGAGAGGUGAGGGUUUCUUCUAGAGUGAGAAAGUGCAAAUCAAAGGAGGAAGAAGGAGCUUUUGGCUUGUUCCUAGCUAGAGGAUUGAAGAUUUCUUCAUCUCAAGGGUAUCUCAAGCAACAAGGAGGAAGGAUUGGCAUCACUUCAUGGUUAUUUCUUCCCCUUUUUUUGUUUUCUCUUGUCUAGCUAUGGAAUAGCCUACCUAAUCACUUGGGUAUUGUGAAUCAUAGUCUCUCUAUGUGUUAGGAUGUAAGAACAUGAACCUAUUGUGUUGAUUGAGUGUUUUAUAUGAUAUUCGAGGUAUUAUUCAUGAAUGAUUGAGUGUGCUAGCUUUAACUCAAUAUUGGGUAAAAUUGACCUAGAGGGUGGAAAUCCCCUUUUGGUCCAAUAGGAAGCUAGACUUCUUCUUAGCCACUUGGGUAACCUCCUUUAGGUUGAUUUAAGACCAAAAUCUCAAGUAUUGGAGUAGGGCCGUGAUUGCACCGGGAUUGGUCUCUCUGCUGACCGGAUUAAGUUCCAAGGGUUUGGUUUGCAAUCCUUAGUCGGCUAGUCGACAGGGUUAGGUUUCCUAGCCUAUCGUUGUCACCCUAAGCCGAAAGGUUAAGUGAGUUAGCUUUCUAACUUGUUGCAACGAAUCUCAAUUAGCUAACUAAGAGAAUUAGGGAUCUCCUUGGUUAAUCGGUGAAGAGGGCUAGGUUCCCUAGCUAUGAAUCAUAAUCCUUAACCUAACGGUUAAGAGAGCUAGUUCCCCUAGCUUCUAUUUGUUAAUUUUCCUUCAUUGAUCGACUAACGGAGUUUAUACCUAGCUAGUUGCACCCACCUUGCGGUGUAUGAACACUUCCUUCACACUAGAGCUUUGUUUGUACCUCCAAUUUUACCUCGGUUGAGGCAAGACUCCGGAGCCAUCAAGCAAGUCUCCAAAACUUGGAAGUGCAAAUUAGCAAUCUUGAUGGGAUCCUCACCAAGAGACCAAAGGGAGCUUUACCCUCUCAAACCAUUGCCAACCCCAAGGAUCAUGCCGAGGUGAAUGCAAUCCAUUUGAGGAGCUGGAAGGUGACUCCGGAGGUUGUUGCCAAAGAAAUGAAUGACAAGGAAGACCCUCUACCCGAGGGCGAUGAAGAAGAAACAUCGGGAGAAAAGAGAGGAGUGGCGAGGAAGGCAUUGCCAAUGCCACCACCUGUGGCUGAGUACUCGCCACCCCUACCUUUUCCCACGAGGGUUCACAAGGAAAGAUUGGAAGCAGAAUGUGAAGGUUUCAUGGAGAUGCUCCGCAAGCUCCACCUCAACAUUCCCUUCCUUAAAGCAAUGGCCCACAUGCCAAGGUAUUCGAGAUACCUCAAGGGGUGUCUCUCCAAGAAGCUGAAGUUCGAAGAACUAGCAAAUGUCACCCUAGGCGAGGAGUGCUUAGCCUUCAUCCUCAACAGGUUGCCCAAGAAGCAACCCGAUCCAGGUAGUUUCACUAUUCCUCUUUGCAUCGGUUCUCAUCACAUCGAAAACUCCUUGGCGGAUUUAGGGACGAGCAUAAAUGUGAUGGCAUUUUAAGAGGCUAGAUAUAGGUGAACUAAAGACUAUGAGACUUAGUGUCACAUUGGCCGAUCGCUCUGUCAUUAGUCCUAGGGGCAUAGUGGAGGACGUGCUAGUAUGAGUGGAAAUUUUUUGUUAUUAGACGGAUUUUGUGAUCCUGGAUAUAAGUGAGGAUAUUUUGAGAUGCCACUAAUACUAAGAAGCCCUUUCCUUGCCACCGCCAAGGCUUUAAUUGAUGUAAAUGAGGGAACUUUGAUCCUGAGAGAUGGUGAUGAGAGAAUUACUCCUGGAAUUGAUCCUAAGCCUAGGAGUGAGGAUGUGAAGGAAGUGGAACCGGCUGAUAUCAAUGUAAGUGGAGGAGAGCCUUGCAAGGCAAACCCCAGUAUUAUUGUUGGUUCUUGUGAUGAAGUGAAGCAGGAAAGCAAGGAGGACAUCUUUCCCAAAGAAGGAAGGAAACGAGCUUGGAGGGAAAGGAUAAGUUAUGAUAAUGCCCUAUGGAAGGAAAAGGCCAAAACAAAAGUCAUUGGCCGAGAAGCCACACCAUGGAGAGCAAGUUGGGAGGCGGCAUGCCUCGCCCCGAGAACGUGACGGAUCCACUCUCGGCGGCGUCAUGUUCAAAGGCGUGAUAGAUCUGCAACGUCAAGCUAGUGACGUUAACAUAGAGCUUGUUGGGAGGCAACCCAAUGUAGGUUUGUUUUCUUUUCCUUAUUUUUGUUUUUGUGUCGAGUGAAGAGUUCAAGUGGUCGAGUGGUAUCCCCAUGCUAAGUUUUGUGACUGCGUGUUUUGAGUUGUGUCGUGAAUGAUAGUAGGCACGGUGGAGUGGGUCGAGUAAAUUUUUUUGGAAGUGCCCUGUUUUCACUAGUAUUCAAGGACGGAUUGCCCUAACCGUGAACAAGCAAACGCGUCCGUGAAACAGGGUGCUUCCACGUGUGUCAAACCCAUCUACUGGCCUGUGUUCACGGACGGAUUGCAGUGUUCACGGUCUUAAAGACCAUGAACUGGCAAAUGCAUACGUGAACUACAGGGUCUUCCUAUAAAAGGGUCAUGAACGGUCUUCUUCACUUCACGACCCAAAAUCUCGUCGUAAUCUUUCAAAACUCGCCGGAAAGCCGCGAAAAUCAAACGGUUUUUGCUCAUUUCCUCCACUUCCGGCCAGCCAAACCCAAAACCAAGACCAGACCUAGUCUCCCCUAAUCAAAAGCGGCCUUCGCUGAGAUUUUGAGGCAAUUUGGAGCAUUUUUCUUUCGGUGAAGUCGCCGGCGGCAAGGCUCCGGCGUGGCUUCGACGAGCUUCUGAUGAAGCUCCGGCGACCUCCUACGGUCUGUUUUCGGCCCAUUUUUCACCUCCCUAACCCUUUCCUCACAUCCCUACCCUUCCUACUUGAGUCUUCAAGUUAGUUUUUAGCUCUACCUUAUUUAUUUUGGGCGAAUCGGAUUAGGUACUAAAGUGAGGAUAAUUUU